GAUAAGAGUUACAUGGAGUUAAUGCAGCGUUACAGAUGUGUCUGGAGGAUGUUUGCUAAAGUGAAGAAAGAAGUAGAUGAACUAAAUGAAGAUUUUGAAAACAUGGCUAAGAAGAAAGUAGCUGACCGAGAACAGCUGAUGGUGACGAAGUUGAAACCAGGAUCACAGAUGGAAACUACGACACAGUAUGGUAUAAGUGAUCUCUUCUUGAGUGUGGAGACCAUGCGAAGAAACCUGAGUAUCCUAGACCAGGCAUAUAGGGAACAGAAAAUAUCAAGGAAUCUCUAUUCUUUUGCAUUUGAUAUUCUUCAUCAUGGCAUGGACCUACCAGAAAAGAAGAUUCAGUACUUGCUGGAGAAAUAUGUGUAUUACCGCCGGUUUAAUGACAUACUUGAUGAUUUGCAGAAGACAAUAAAAGACAAAGACACAAUCGAAGUGAAGCGUAAGAAGUUGAUCGCGUACCGGGCCAGUGUUAAGAGACGGUAUCAUUCUAACAUAGUUUUGUAUAAGGACAAAUUGGAAGAGCUCCAGCGGGAAAAGAUGGACCUGUUUACUUCAAUCUGGCAGUUGUUCAAUACUAUCCUCAUGGAGACUGGACUUGUCCUCUUACAUCCACUGCUGCAAGAGAAGCGCAAAAUGCCACUGCCACCGAUCAAGGCAAAACCAUCCAAGAUUGAAAGGAAGAAACUGGUGGCUCCAUUUGUGUGGAUGUGCCAGAGACGAUCCUGUCCAGAAUUGCCAAAGUCGCUGGACGGAACCAAAAUGCCCAUUAUAGGGAGCCUGGAGUUUGAACAGAUACCUGCACAUUUGCCACCCAUAAAACCUAUUGAAAAACUGAAACCAGAAUACCCCAAGCUUAUCCACCUGGAUGUCAACCAACGACGCAUCAUGGCUCAAAGUUUAUAGGUGAUCCGCUCGAACAAUGGCCUGUGACACUGGAGAGGAUGAUAAAGAAGCCAAUACCACUGGCAGUCAGCCAAGGCUACGUUCUUUCUUCUGGCAAACUGGACUCUUUACAAGAUGAAUGAACUUCUGUUUUAUUACAAUGUUUGAAGCCCUAUACCAAAUUCUGUGGUUUACCUGUGGGCUAUGUGCAGUACAGGAGAAAGCACACAGGCAAUGCGACUGCCAUAUGGCGCAAUUCCUGAGACUGAUCUGAAAGGUGCUAAAUAUUGCUGUAGUUUUUAUUCUGUAUUUUUGUAUAAGUUCAUUUGUCAGUCUUCAACUAUAUAGUGUGUGAUAAUAUAUUUUUACAAAUUUUUAAGGUGAACUUUCACAGUUUUCACAAAGGUGCUAAAUGUUGUUGCAGUUUUCAUUCUGUAUUUUUGUAUAAGUUAACUUGUCAUUCUUCAGCUAUAUUAAUAGUUUGUGUGAUAAUAUAUUUUUUACAUAAUUUAAGGUAAACUUUCAUAAUUUCUAUCUGGAGUAU